UACUUAAGAAUGACGUCACUAGAUGACACUACAUGUGACUUUUACACCCACAAUAUAAGAGGGCGCGUUUAUUUUUAUUUAUUCACAUUUCAAUUUAACACAACGGGGAAUUAAAUUAUUUAUCAAGCCGCAAUUUAUAAUAAAAGUUAAUUAUGAGGAAAUUACCUUAUAUUUUUUUAAUAAUUUAUCUUACAUCCGUUCAAUCGGAAACUUAUUUUCCAACUUCCGACCUUGAACUUGAUGAUAUUCCCCGUAAAAAUGGAACUAAAACCUGGGGGACUAUUUUUCCAGGAACAAAAUGGUGCGGACAAGGUAACAAAGCGAUGCACGAAGAUGACUUUGGAAAAUAUCGACAAACUGAUGAGUGCUGCCGAAAUCAUGAUCGCUGUCCAAAAAAACUAAAAGCUGGAACUUAUAAAUACGGACUACUAAAUUCCGGUUCGACGACAAUAUUAAGCUGCAAAUGUGAUGAAAUUUUUUACGACUGUCUCAAAGAAGCAAAAACAAUAACAAGUCAAGCUGUGGGUAUUCUAUAUUUCGAUAUAUUAAAACGAAAGUGUUUUACUUACGACCACGAAAAAAAUAAUGGACUGUACAAAUGGAAAGCCAACAGAAAAUUUUCCGACAACAGAUUCAUUAAAUUCGUCUCAGGAAUUAUUUAACCACUUCACUUACAAUUAAUCAUUAAUUACCCCAUUGAUUUAUAAUUGAAACCUAAAAUAAUUAAUUACCUUACUAAGUAAUAGCUUUAAUUACUCUAAGUAUUUUUUCGAUUCCUCUUAUCUUAUCAAUUACGAUUAAAAAUUAAUAAUUAAUAAUUAAUAAUCUUUGAAAAUUAGA